AUGUCUUCUGAAGGAGGAGGAGAGCAGCGACCACAGCACAUUAGCGGUUUUCCCUUCUUGGAUAUAGGCAAUGGAGGCUUUGAAAACGUACCCGGCACAUCAUCCUACAGCGCUCGAAAUCAAAGCGGGCUUACGACGCAGUUGAUCGUUUGCGCCGGUACAGGCUUACUAUGCUUUCUUACGUUUUGUAUUUUACGUACCAGAUGGACAGUUAUAUUUGCACCGCGGAUGAAUAUGAAAAGACACAAGCCAAAAGCGUUACCAAAUUCCCUUUUUGGCUGGAUCAUCCCUUUAAUAAAAGUCGAUGAACAAGAAAUCAUGGAUACCGUCGGUCUUGACGCUGUUGUUAUGUUGCAAUUCAUCGCUAUGGCCAUUAAGCUAUUCAGCAUAUGCUCGUUCUUUGGCAUUGCUACCCUGGUACCUAUCAGCGUCACUACCGGAAACGUUACCAACAGCGCCACCAACGUGACGUCGGGACAAAUGGAUCAACUAGCAAUCACCGUUUUACAAGACGAAUCGCCAUUCUUGAUCGCCUAUCUGUUUUUCACCUACUUUUUCUGCUUCUUGACGUUUUUCUUUUUGAACCAAAACUUUCGAUCCUUUGUCGCAAACCGAUCCGAGUACCUGUUGCGGAUGUCAAAAACAUUAUCGUGUCGUACAGUGGUUGUAACGGGCAUCCCACGGCCCCUGCGCUCGGAUGCCAAACUGGAAGAGUACUACAACAAUCUCGGUAUCGGCACAGUUGACUCCGCCGAGAUAGUACGCCAUAUUCCAAAACUGCGUACAUUGUUGAGGAAACGAGCUCACGCAUUGCAGAAAUUGGAGGAAGCAUAUGUCCAAUAUUGGGGCAAUCCGUGCAAGAUUCCGGCGUACGACCCAGACCGGAUUUUGGAUGACGCACACUUGUUCCAACGCGUGGAGCAGCAGGCAGCGGCUAUCACAGAGAAGAAGCAGCAGCAGGAGCAUAACAAUGCAACAUUUUUACUCGGCACCCAGUUUAGCGGCAAAAAGUCUCGACGACCGCAAAUCAGAACUGGGUUUCUGGGUCUGUUUGGCAAAAAGGUGGAUGCAAUCGAAUAUUACACUGAAGAGUUUGAGCAGUUGGAUUUAAAGGCAUUGGAAGCCCGGAGCAAAUCUGAAAACUAUGAAAUGACCAAUGUUGGCUUUGUCACGUUCAAGAACAUGUCCAGCUCGCUUAUUGCUUCACAAAUUGCAAUCAAUCCCGAGCCAUUCAACUGUCGAACAGCAAUGGCAUACGAACCACGAGACGUACUGUGGAAAAGCGUUACGGUUAGAGGACGUGAACGAUUAGUCCGGGAAUUUCUGGUGUGGACAGUAACGCUCCUGCUUUCCUUUUUCUGGAUCGUCCCUAUCUCGGCGUUUUCAACCCUUACAAGUCUCGAGACGAUUGACCAUGUAUUUCCGAAACUGGGGGCUGCAGCCCAAGAUUCCGUAUUUGUGCAAAAUUUGCUUCAGGGUCUUGUACCGACCAUCGCAGUUAAUAUUUUUAUGGCUAUUUUGCCCUUGAUUUUCGAUGCCUUGGGUAUAGUGCAAGGGCUACGCUCACGCAGUGCUAUUGCUGAUGCAACCUUUAGCAAAUACUUUUUCUUCCUCAUGUUCAACGUGCUACUGGUCUUUACUAUUGCAAGCACCAUUAGCAAGACUGUUGAGCAAUUGAUAAACCAUCCAGCAGAAAUUGCCAACGUACUUGGCACAACCCUACCGGCUGUAUCACCUUUCUUUAUCAAUUAUACUUUGCUCCAAGGGAUGCUCUUAAUGCCACUGAGUCUGCUUAUGUUUGGUUCUUUGAUUAUCCGAGGAUAUACCCAUCUAUUUUGUUGCAAGACGCCUCGUGAUCAUGCUACCAACCGUGCACCAUGGUCAUUCAACUAUGGAACUGGGUACCCGCCGCCCCUGCUUAUCUUUAUAAUUGUUCUGGAAUACUCAACAAUCUCGCCGAUUAUUUUGCUGUUUGGCACUAUAUACUUUUGUAUAACCUAUGUGGUAUACAAGUACCAGUUUUUAUAUGUUUAUUUCCGUCCUUAUGACGCCAUCGGAUCUGCUUGGACAAUGGUGUUUCCACGGGUCAUUGUUGGCAUGCUAUUAUUCCAGAUUACCAUGGCCGGCCUCUUUGUGCUGAAGAAGUACAUCACUCUGGCUAUACUGUGUAUUCCCCUCAUGAUCAUGACCAUAUUGUUCAAGCUUACCAUGGAUGCUGCGUUUCAAAAGAACAGUCGGAACUUGCCCAUGGCAACAUUACGGGAAGAUAUGAAUACUCUACCGACCAUUAUCACAUUUACCAUGUCCGGUUCAUUUACUAAAUCAUCUACGCAAAGUCCAAAACAUCGACAUCACCGACGAGUGGUACUUGACGAAGACGACUAUGAAGCGAUUCCGGAUCACCAUACAGACUAUCGCCAACCACCGAUGCUGCUAAACCCUGGUGUGCUUGACACUGGACUGAAACGCUAUGGCAACCCGGCCCUGAUUGGUGUGCUACCCCAGCUUUGGUUACCGAUUAAAGAUGGCGAG